ACUCAAAACGAUGGCGCGUAAGCCGCGGGAGAUGCCGCACGCGUUGUUGCAGGCGCAUGGGUUACACGCUCUCACCACCAAAUUCAAAAUUAUUCAAUUAUUCAAUUUCUCUUGUCGGCGAAACCAUUCCAUUUCUCUCUCUCUCUCUAUAAAUCCUUUACCAACAUCUUUACAAACUGAUCAAUUCGAUCAACUGCUUUAUCAACAUCUUUCUUUCUUUCCCCAAUCAACAACCACCGUCCGAUCAAUCGAUUCGAAUGGCGUAUGCGUACGGCGCCGCCGCACCAAGCAAUCCUCCAAUGGCGAAUCCGAUCGCCGUAGUAAGCCCUCACUUCUGUGCACCUUAUCCAGUCGAUUUGAUCAUUGCGAAAAAGCUCAUGACCUUAUCGGAAGGUUCUUUUGCCGUUACGGAUGUUAACGGCGCCGUUAUGUUUAAGGUCAAAGGCUCUGUUUUCAGUAUCCACGACCGCCGUUUGCUUCUUGACGCCUCCGGUAACCCCGUCAUCUCCCUCCGCCAAAAGAUAAUAACUGCUCACAGAAGAUGGCAAGUAUACAGAGGAGAUAGCUCAGAUUCAAAAGACUUAGUUUUCAGUGUGAAGAAAUCUUCUGUACUUCAAUUCAAGACAGAAUUGGAUGUGUUUUUGGGUGCUAACACAAAAGAAGAUGUACCUGAUUUCAAGGUCAAAGGUAGCUGGCUUGAAAGAUCAUGCACUAUAUAUCUUGGAAAUACAUCCAAUAUCAUUGCACAAAUGCACAAGAAACACAGUGUUGAAAGUGUUUUGCUUGGAAAAGACACAUUUUCAGUGACAGUGUAUCCUCAUGUUGAUUAUGCCUUCAUAGUUGGUUUGGUGGUCAUUCUUUAUGAGAUUAAUGAGGACAGAAAAGAUAAUGACUGAAUCAAAUACAUAUAUAUAUGUAUAUGUAACUUUGUUGUACUUACUAUUUCCUAGUCUUUAAUCACUACACACUGGUUUUUUUUAAAAUGUUUGAUGUUAAUUAUAUGAAGGAAAAUGUGCAAGUAUUAGUUUGUUAUGUACUUUUGUUUUGAUAUAUUUCAACAGCACUUAAUAAUCUUACAAGUAGAUUGUUU